GUUAACUUCUGACAACAGUAAAUACUGGUACAGUUAAUCUUUACUUUAUAACUGUGCAUAUAUAUAAACAAAUAUGAGUCUCUGGGUAGACAAAUAUCGUCCAACAACGCUUGGCAAAUUGGAUUAUCAUAAAGAACAAGCAGAAUAUUUAAAAAACAUGGUACAAAAAGGAGAUUUUCCACAUCUAUUAGUUUAUGGACCGUCAGGAGCAGGAAAAAAAACUCGUAUAAUGUGUAUCAUAAAAGAAUUGUAUGGAAAUGGAAUUGAGAGAUUAAGGAUGGAAACUAUGACAUUUGAGACACUAUCUAAGAAAAAAUUGGAGAUAACAACAAUAAGCAGUAACUAUCACAUUGAAGUAAAUCCAAGUGAUGUUGGGAUAUAUGAUAGAACUGUAGUAAUGGAUUUGGUGAAAACAACAGCUCAAACUCAUCAAAUAGAUCCAAGUGGACAAAGAGAAUUUAAAGUGGUAUUAUUAACUAAUGUGGAUCAGCUUACAAAAGAUGCACAACAUGCUCUUCGAAGAACUAUGGAAAAAUAUGUUGCUACAUGUAGACUAAUACUGUGUGCAAACUCAACAUCACGCGUUUUACCAGCUAUUAGAUCACGAUGUUUAGGAAUCAGAGUUCCAGCACCAGCAGUAUCAGAUAUAAAAGACAUUUUGCAUUCAAUUUGUAAACGUGAAGGUUUAACUUUACCAGAUGAAUUGGCUGUAAGGUUAGCAGAAACUAGUGGUAGAAAUCUUAGACGAGCAAUAUUAAUGCUUGAAGCUUGUAAAGUUGAAUCAUAUCCAUUUACUGCAGAUCAAAAUAUUACAGAACCAGAUUGGCAAGUGUAUAUUCGUAAUACAGCAAAUAUGAUGGUCAGUGAACAGAGUCCAAAAAAGCUUCUUGCAAUAAGAAACAGACUUUAUGAAUUAUUGACCCAUGCUAUACCAUGUGAUUUGAUAUUUAAAGGUCUUUUACAAGAAUGUAUAAAAAAUUGUGAUCUUCAGUUAAAAAUUGAAAUUGCAACAAUUGCAGCUGAAUAUGAACAUAGAAUGCAUAGGGGGACAAAACCAAUUUUUCAUUUAGAAGCAUUUGUUGCUCGAUUUAUGGCAAUUUAUAAAAAGUUUAUUGAUUCAUCUCUUGAAGGUUUUGUGUAA